AAUCAUCCUUGUAGCAUCCCGCACAUGCCGAGUUUGGACACUUCUGGGCAGAUUUUCGAAGAUCCAAAACAUAUACUUCAGCUGCUUGUUCUUCGAUGUUUUUUUUUCUUGCGUUUUUAGUUUGAUUUCAUUUUGAUUCUCUUGAAUCUUGAUGUAAAAUUCUAUUUAAAAAGAAAGAGAGAGAGAGAGAGAGAGACAAAAAUCGGCACUAUUCAGUAGUUGUAUUGACUGCUUCACUUGGCAUCGAUCUUGAUAUAGUAAUAGUAUCUGCAGAGCAGAUCUGUGGCAUGGCGCAACCGAAGAAGAACCUCAAGAAUCUGAUCCCACUCUUCAUCCUCCUCUCUCUCUCCGCCCUCUUCCUCUUCUCCUUCUCCCCCGCCACCCCAAUCCCCGCCGCCGUUCCCACUCACCCCACCUCUCAUCCUCAGCCCUCGCACCUCCAAACCCCAAUCACCACCACCGCCGACAACAAGAGCUUCACCUUCAUCAUCAAACUCCUCGCCUACAACCGCCUCUCCUCCCUCUCCCGCUGCCUCAACUCUCUCGCCGCCGCCCACUACGACCACCACGCCGUCCACCUCCACAUCUUCAUCGACCACUUCCCCGUCCCCGCCAACGCCUCCCUCGAUGUCGACCGGAACCUCAAUUCCUCCAGGCGCAUUCUCGAUUUCGUUGAUGCCUUUGGCUGGAAAUUCGGCGCUAAGGUCGUGCAUUACCGCACUUCCAACGCUGGCCUGCAGGCGCAGUGGCUGGAGGCCUGGUGGCCUAGCUCCGACGACGAGUUCGCCUUCGUCGUCGAGGAUGAUCUCGAGGUUUCGCCUUUGUACUUCCGGUUUCUCAAGAAUCUGAUUGUGAAUUAUUACUACAAUGCUUCCAAUUUCAGUCCGAUGAUCUACGGGGCAUCCCUGCAGCGUCCGAGGUUUGUGCCAGGUAAGCAUGGAAACAAAAUGAAAAUAGAUAGUAGAACUCGAGUCUUUUUGUACCAGUUAGUUGGCACUUGGGGUCAACUUCUGUUUCCAAGACCUUGGAAAGAAUUCCGUUUGUGGUAUGACACACACAAGUCUAAGGGCAUGAAGCCUGUUCUUGACGGGAUGGUUACAACAGGAUGGUACAAAAAAAUGGGCGAAAGAAUUUGGACUCCUUGGUUUAUCAAAUUUAUUCAUGCUCGUGGUUACUUCAAUAUCUAUACCAACCUUCUGUAUGAAAGAGCGCUUAGUAUCUCACAUCGUGAUGCUGGUGUUAACUAUGGGAAGUCAGUUGGACCAGAUUCAAAUUUAGUUGGUGAGAAUUCUAUUGAUAUCAACCACUUGGAAUUUCACCCUUUGCAUAGCAUGAAGUGGUAUGAUUUCUGCUUCAAACAAGUUUUUCCAGAUAGAAUUGUACAGCAUUUCAAUGAACUUGGGUCUGUUAUCCCCUCUCUGCAGAAAAUGAGUAAUGUUAUACUUGUGAGCCUACAUCAGGAGUCAGAGUCGGUUGUUAGGAACUUGCUCUGCCAUUUCGAGAGGUUGUAUAUUCGGAAUUACAUCUUAAUGGGCCCAAAAUCUGAUCUCCUACUUGAUCUUGCGAUAAGAGGGCACCCUGUGAUUGAUACAGACAGACUUUAUGACAAUAUAAGAGUCUAUGACAAAUCGAACUUCAAUGAAUCUGCUGUGAAACUGACUAAGGAGAUUUUUGUCAAGGCCUAUGUGGUCAAGAAAACCUUGGAACUUGGAUUUGGUAUUCUGGUGGCUGAUUGCAACAGGGUUCCUCUGAACAGUGAUUCCUUUCUCAAUUUCAUUGAUACUGAUGCAGUUAAUGACUUCUUUGUGGGGAAGAACUUAGAACUAGUUUUUGCCAGGAGCUCAUCUUCUGCUGCGAAGACUUGGGGUGAAAGUAUCUCGAGCCAAUUAGGUGCUGAAUUGAUCACAACCACAUCAAGCGAUUCAGAUCCAACAGGAAAGAAUUUCGUGUAUGUGGUUAAAAAGUUAUUUGAGCAGAAGGGAGUUAAAUUCACUACCUUUGAUGAAAACAAAUCUAGUUUAAAUAUCAGUUCCUUAGAUGCUAGCCGAACGUUGUCUAUACAGGAACAAUUUGUGUUUUGGUCUUCAGAGACGAGCACAAAUUUGAUUCAGCAACAGCUUGUACAAUUAGGUCUGUGGAUUGUGGAUAGUGAUAUGUCAUGUACUGCUGUCAUUUGCUACCCUUCAUAGCUUUUGGUGGCAUUAAAUUAUAAUCCUGAUGGACCAAAAGUGUUGCAAAGAAGUGUGUUUUGGAGAAUUGGCAACUCCAAAUUUGUAACCUUAUUUUGAUCGAGAGAUGCAUGCUGGGAUUACGGGUAUGGGUUAUCUGUUUAUACAAUUUCGGUGAUCAUGCAAGAAACCUUUUGCGUGCUACUCGAGAGAAGGACAAGAUGGGAGCUAGCUAAUGCAAAUGAGGCAGAGAUUAGGUGAGAAUUGCAGUCUUUUUUUUUUUGCAAUUGUUUACAUUAUUAGUUCAUUGUCUACUGAAGAAGAAUCGUCACCUGUUCGUUCCUUGAUGCUUUACCCCAUUUUGAAAUGCUGCCUGCCACAGGUCAUAGAUAAAUGUGCUUCAAAUCUUCUUGGUUUCUUAUUAUAAUUCAUGUUUUCUGUGGUAUGACCUUGUGCUUCAUUGCUUCUUUGUUUAUCAGUCAUCAAAAUACCUUCCUUCAUUUGAACUGGGAUCCUGAAAAUUUUUCAUGCAAUGCCUGUUUCACUAAUGUUUAUCAUACAAAAAAUUAUUGCAGUUGGAUUAGAAUUU